AUGGCCGACUUCAUGAGGUGAGGAUUGGCUUGUACCAAAGCCAAACAAAUCUUUGGUUUAAGCCCUGGGUGAAUGUUCACAACUCCUUAGUGCUCUUAAACGUUGUGAAAUUGUUAGAUAUUACGUGUUAGAUAUUACUGCACUGUCGGAGCUAGAAGCACAAUAAUUUCGCUACACCCGCAAUAACAUCUGCUAAACACGUGUAUUUCAUUUGAUUUGAAACAUUGACUACAGAAUGGCCAGGCUGCUAAAAAGAAGAUUUGACAGAUCAUGACCCUAAUGAACAACUUCAUCAUAUUUGUUACAUAAAAUUGACAUCUCCAUCUCUCUAUUGCUGUUCAUCCAAUACAUUAGAAAUGUGUUCAAUUAUUCAUUGUUUGUAGAUAGAUCUGUGAUACAUAUUGAAUUUGAUAGGCCCCCCUUUCAAUAAUGCUAAAUGUUUAUGUGAUAAUAGGCCUAGAUUAGAUUUAUGUGAAAUAGCUGUUAGUGCUGCUUUGUCUAUGUAGGUCUCUAAGUAAGCAAUAAGGCCCGAGGGAGUAUGGUAUAUGUCCAAUAUACACUAUAUAUGCAAAAGUAUGUGAACACCCCUUCAAAUUAGUGGAUUUGGCUAUUUCAGCCACACCUGUUGCUGACAGGUGUAUAAAAUCGAGCACACAGCCAUGCAAUCUCCAUAGACAAACAUUGGCAAUAGAAUGGCCUUACUGAAGAGCUCAGUGACUUUCAACGUGGCACCGUCAUAGGAUGCCACCUUUCCAAAAAGUCAGUUUGUCAAAUUUCUGCCCUGCUAGAGCUGCCCGAAACAACCGUAAGUGCUGUUAUUAUGAAGUGGAAACAUCUAGGAGCAACAAAGGCUCAGCCGUGAAGUGGUAGGCAACACAAGCUCACAGAACAGGACCGCUGAAGUGCGUAACGCGUAAAAAUCGUCUGUCCUUGGUUGCAACACUCACUACCAAGUUCCAAACUGCCUCUGGAAGCAACGUCAGCACAAUAACUGUUUGUCGGAGCUUCAUGAAAUAGGUUUCCAUGGCCGAGCAGCCGCACACAAGCCUAAGAUCACCAUGCGCAAUGCCAAGUGUCAGCUGGAGUGGUGUAAAGCUUGCCGCCAUUGGACUCUGGAGCAGUGGAAACGCGUUCUCUGUAGUGAUGAAUCACGCUUCACCAUCUGGCAGUCCGAUGGACGAAUCUGGAUUUGGCGGCGAAUGCCAGGAGAACGCUACCUGCCCCAAUGCAUAGUGCCAACUGUAAAGUUUUCUGGAGGAGGAAUAAUGGUCUGGGGCAGUUUUUCAUGGAUCGGGCUAGGCCCUUUAGUUCCAGUGAAGGGAAAUCUUAAUUCUACAGCAUACAAUGACAUUCUAGACGAUUCUGUGCUUCCAACUUUGUGGCAACAGUUUGGGCAAGGCCCUUUCCUGUUUCAGCAUGACAAUGCCUCCAUGCACAAAGCGAGGUCCAUACAGAAAUGGUUUGUCGAGAUCGGUGUGGAAGAACUUGACUGGCCUGCACAGAGCCCUGACCUCAACCCCAUCGAACACCUUGGGAUGAAUUGGAAUGCCGACUGUGAGCCAGGCCUAAUCGCCCAACAUCAGUGCCCGACCUCACUAAUGCUCUUGUGGCUGAAUGGAAGCAAGUCCCCGUAGCAAUGUUCCAACAUCUAGUGGAAAGCCUUCCCAGAAGAGUCGAGGCUGUUAUAGCAGCAAAGUGGGGACCAACUCCAUAUUAAUGCCCAUGGUUUUUGGAAUGAGAUGUUCGACGAGCAGGUGUCCACAUACCUUUGGUCAUGUAGUGUACCUCGGCUAAGGUCUGUUUUUAUGUACGAGGCACCGCGGAGUGCCUGUAUACAGUCCUUAGCCGUGGUAUAUUGGCCAUAUACCACAACCCCCCGAGGUGCCUUAUUGCUAUUAUAAACUGGUUACCAGCGUAAUUAGAGCAGUAAAAAUAUAAGUUUUUUCAUACCCGUGGUAUACGGGACGUACCACGGCUGUCAGCCAAUCAGCAUUUAGGGCUCGAACCACCCAGUUUAUAAUGGGUAUUAAUACAUGGUGCUAAUAGGAUUGGUAGGGUGAUGCCCUGAGGUUUAGUGAUGGUGAGCCACUCCAUUCACACACAAUCUAUCUAUCAGUCUCUACUGCUGGGCUUGAAGGAAAGAGAUGAAGGAUCGGCAACUACCAGGUUAUAUUUCAAAGUAUUAUUUUGUGAGUAGUUAUGUGCAAAAUAGCAUAUACAAUGAUUUUACUUUUUUGCUAUUUUGUUCAUUUUAGAUGCAAAUGUGUUCAUUACUCCAAUCUUGGUUGACUGAUAUAGUCUUAUUGCCUCUCAUGUAUAGUCACAUGUAGUCUGCUUAGUCAGACCUUUAAUUUGGUCCCAACAAACUCAGAUAAAAUACAUAACAUUUUCUAUCAGAUCAAUGGGACAUUUAUUGUAUUCAGUAAAAAAAAUGUGUUGCAAUUUAUAUAAGGCAUUAUGAAAUUGUGUAUUUUCUUCACGGCAAUAGUAGAAUAUAUGGAACAUUGUUUUUUCAAACAAAUGAUCACAAAUGGUGGUUUUAGCUUGGAAGUCUGUGUCCACCUCAUUGCUUUUUACUUCGGAACUCCUGUAAUACAUAAAUUUCUGAAUCAAGAUACUGUAUGUAAGGCAACUGCAAGCACAAAACAGACAGCUAGGGAAAAAAUGAUGGGAUGCAUUUGAUAUGUGUCUGUUUACAAGCAUUACAGGUUACAGAGAACCUCUAAGGAAUUGCAUUGCAUCUGAAAAUAAGUAUUAUCACCUUAAAGUUCAGGAUCACUGAUCCUGCUACAACCGAUUAUUGUGUUGUAUAACAAUUAAACCAGAGAGCUCAUUGUCUCAUAACAAGAGAGUCCACAACCCCCUAUACUGAAUGUAAUCUAUUGCAUUUUCAGUUGUAUUUUAUAGAACACCGUGACCAGAACUAACUUCCUAAACUGAGCUCUGUCUAAAAGCAGGUUUCUAAUCCUGACCUGUAUUGGGAGUAUUUCCAACGGAGCAACGUCUUUGAUCUGUCAGCAUCCAUUAAAUACAAACCAGAUUGAGAGCACAGAACUGCAAGGAUUACAAAUAAAUAGAGAUGACCUCAAGAUAAAUGUAUAAGUGAAUACACUUCUCACUUUUAAAAAUGAUUCUGUGCUCUGAAACCUGAUGUACUUAUUGACAUACAAGUCUUCAGUCUAUUGCCUGAAGUCUACAUUGGUUUAUACAUUAGAUUUUAGAUUUUAGUCAUUUAGCAGACGCUCUUAUCCAGAGCGACUUACAGUUAGUGAGUGCAUACAUAUCUUUCCCAUACAUUACCGAACAAUGGGAUGCACUUCCAUCAUAUAUUUUAUCAUUUAAUUUCCGUAUUCAUGCUCUUACCAAACCAAUGUACUGGGAUGGCAUGGAUAUCAAAUUACCAUGAAAAUACUUAAAUGCUCAAACAUAGGCUAUUCAUUUAUUUUUAUUCGGUUUAUGCCUCAUUUUUGCAAAGCAGUGUUUGAAUUAUAUUGUAAAAGAUAGAACACUAUAAUGGCCUACCCAAGGCUUCCUAAUUGAGGGAUAGGCCAGAAAUUAGAUGCUCUCCUCUGACCUCAUUGGACCAGGGCCUCAUUAGCUAAUCCUGCACAUGAUAGCAGAGGUGCUGCCAGCCUAAUAUACACUGUGUACAAAACAUUAAGAACACUUUCCUAAUAUUGAGUUGAAUCCCCCCAUUUUGUCCUCAGAACAGCCUCAAUUCGUCGGGGCAUGGACUCUACAAGAUGUUGAAAGCGUUCCACAGGGAUGCUGGCCCAUGUUGACUCCAAUGCUUUCCACAGUUGUGUCAAGUUGGCUGGAUGUCCUUUGGGUGAUGGACCAUUCUUGAUACUCAUGGGAAACUGUUGAGCGUGAAAAACCCAGCAGCAUUGCAGUUCUUGACACAAACCGGCGCGCCUGACACCUACUACCAUACCCCGUUCAAAGGUACUUAAAUAUUCUGUGUUGCCCAUUCACCAUCUAAAUGGCACACAUACACAAUCAAUGUCUCAACUGUCUCAAGGCUUAAAAAUCCUUCUUUAACCUGUCUCCUCCCCUUCAUCUACACUUAUUAGGCCAUAAUAUAUGUAUUUCACAUGACUGGGAAUAUAGAUAUGCAUCUGUUGGUCACAGAUAUAUUUUUUUAAAAGGUAGGGGCGUGGAUCAGAAAACCAGUCAGUAUCUGGUAUGACCACCAUUUGCCUCAUGCAACGCAUCUCCUUCGCAUAGAGUUGAUCAGGCAUUUGAUUGCGGCCUGUGGAAUGUUGUCCCACUCCUCUUCAAUGGCUGUGCGAAGUUGCUGGAUAUUGAACUCGCUGUCGUACAUGUCGAUCCAGAGCAUCCCAAACAUGCUCAAUGGGUGACGUCUGGUGAGAAUGCAGGCCAUGGAAGAACUGAGACAUUUUCAGCUUCCAGGAAUUGUGUACAGAUCCUUGUGACAUGGGGCCGUGCAUUAUCAUGUUGAAACAUGAGGAAUGGCAGAUGAAGGGCAUGACAAUGAGCCUCAGGAUCUCGUCAUGGUAUCUCUGUGCAUUCAAAUUGCCAUAAAUAAAAUGCAAUUGUGUUAAUUGUCCGUAGCUUAUGCCUGCCCAUACCAUAACCCCACCGCCACCAUGGGGCACUCUGUUCACAACGUUGACGUCAGCAAACCGCUCGCCCACACGACGCCAUACAUGUGGUCUGCAGUUGUGAGGCUUGUUGGAUGUAUUGCCAAAUUCUCUAAAACAACGUUGGAGGCGGAUUAUGGUAAAGAAAUUAACACUCAAUUCUCUGGCAACAGCUCUGGUGGACAUUCUUGCAGUCAGCAUGCCAAUUGCACGCUCCUUCAAAACUUGAGACAUCUGUGGCAUUGUGUUGUGUGACAAAACUGCAUAUUUUAGAGUGUCCCUUUAUUGUCCCCAGCACAAGGUGCACUUGUGUAAUGAUCAUGCUGUGUAAUCAGCUUCUUGAUAUGCCACACCUGUCAAGUGGAAGGAUUAUCUUGGCAAAGGAGAAAUGCUCACUAACAGGGAUGUAAAUAAAAAUGUGUGCACAAAAUUUGAGAGAAAUAAGCUUCUUGUGCGAAUGGAACAUUUCUGGGAUCCUUUAUUUCAGCUCAUGAAACAUGGGACCAACACUUUACAUGUUGUAUUUUUGUUCAGUGUAUGUGAAUAGUACAGUUAACUGGAGAUUCCAUAGAAAAUGGCAACCAGGUUGAAAUUGAUUAACAAUAUACUUCUAUUGCCCUAGUCCCUGCUAUUGAACACAGUGAAUCUCAUCCAAAUAAAAAUCUCACCUCUAAUUCUAAUAAUGUUUUCCCCUUUGCGCCUUUAGGACUCAAAUCCAGACUAGCCCGAAAUGCAAGGACAAGGAGGAUAAGAAAGCCAAGACAAGUGAGACGAGUGAAACAGCAGUGGACAAAUUACCCAAAGUCCUUCCAGCCCGCAUUAUACUAGAACUGACCCCAGAACAGAGGAUGAGGCAGACACCGUUUGAGAGGAUGCUUUAUGAUAUGAACCAUGACCAGAGGGUGGUCAACGACCUUAUACUGGGCCGAAGGAUCUCCUUCUACGAACUCAGGGGGGAAAUAGGGUGCGGCAACUUCUCCAAUGUUAGAUUGGGGAUUCAUGCCCUGACUAAAGGUAAGGAGGGCUACCGUUUAUUAGUUCGUCAUCCUUUCAAUAGUUAGUUAAAUAGUUAUUUGGUUCAUUCAUUGAGCAGUUUACUGUCCCUCAUCUUCUCCCCUUAGUCUACAACUGAUACCACUUUGGAAAAUGUAACAAAAUGGACAUUACAGUUCCUACUCAAUGGUUGGGGCCUGGCAGUAUAAAGAUAUAGCUCACUAACACAUUCCAACUGACCGGUUCCCUCUGAGCUGACCCUGUCAGUGAUUUUUCUGCAUAGAAAAGACUUGGGCGGGCCGCCUAAGUGUUUUUUCGGACCGCCUAUUGUAUGUCCAAACAGUUUUCGUUAGGAUGGAAAAACAUUUUCAGUGUAAACUUAAAUGACUUAAACCAGAUUUAAAGUAUGUAGAAAAGAUAAUGGACCUAUAUAUUUUUUUAUAAGAUCAUCUUUGAGAACUAACAAUCCCCAUAAAUAAAAGCUAGACAGUCAGGGAGAAUCAGAAAUUCUAAACAUUAUGCAUUCAGGAGUAUUGUUUUCAUGGCAUGGCCCCCCUUGAUUUUGUUAUAAUGUUUGAGUCACUCAGAUAGCAUGAGCCAUGGCAAAACUUGUAGAAUUGCAGGAAAUUAGCUUUAAAACAGCAAAACGUUGGAGGGCCUCUAAAAUGUUUGGUUGGCGACCGCACCAUUGGCCACGCCCAUGGCCACGCCCCCGCCACACCCACCACCUAAACCCUAUUUUGAUCCUGCCUCCCCUGACUGCGAUACAGAUUCUGUAUACAGGGGGGGUAUUAUAACAGGAUGAAUACAGAUGCCAGAAGACAACGGGUGGUCGCCUGAACUAAGCACCUCCUGAUCGCUUCAGAUCCCCCCUCACCCCCUGUCGUGAAUUCAUGUCCUGUUUUAUACAUCUCUCUUUAAUUUAUGUAACAUACAGCUAGAGAUGCCUACAGAGAAAUACCACAGGAGCGAUGGGGAGAUGGAGGGUGAAGAGAAAGGGGGGGAUGGGGGGGGUGGUCUUCAUUUACCUUCACAUUCUCCUCUCAGUCACAUUUUUCACUAGACCUAAUAUAAGACCUGGUGAAGCUUCAAAUGAAAUUACACCAGUUGCCAUGUCUGAUCAUCCUUACUGCUCUGCUCUCCUCUCAUUCUGUAUUGGUUUCUCUUUUUUCGUAUCUCUCUAUUUCUGCCUCUCUCUCUCUCUCAGAGAGGGUUGCCAUCAAGAUUCUGGAUAAGCUUCGGCUGGACAAGAAGUCUCAGUCCCUGUUUGCCACAGAGAUCAGCUGUAUGGAGAAGCUGUCCCACCCUAACAUUGUCCGUCUCUAUGAGGUGAUAGAGACCACCAAGUGCCUGCACCUGGUGAUGGAGUACGGUAGUGGAGGGGAUCUCUACUCACGUAUCGCCAACAGGGGCCGUUUGUCUGACCUGGAGACCAAGCUCAUCUUUGCCCAAAUCAUCUCAGCCAUCAAACACAUGGUGAGCUAUACCCAUUGAAAGCAUUGAACAGUAGACACUCACAGAUGUCAAUUCCACUCCAUGAUUAGGGCUGCUUCCUAACUUGAGGAUUGGGUGGGUAACUUUCACAUAAAUUAUGCAUUGAUGUCUACGGUCAGGAUUUACCAGCAUGUAUCCAAUUAUUUUACUCUUGCUUGCUUGAUUUAGAGAGGGAAAGGGAAAGGGGUUACCUAGUCAGUUGCACAACUGAAUGCAUUCAACCAAAAUGUGUCUUCCGCAUUUAACCCAACCCCUCUGAAUCAUCGUAAUUUUGUAACAACAUCCAACCAACACACACUCACCCCAACCCUUUUUCUUAUCAUUCCAGCACGACAACAACAUUGUCCACCGAGACAUGAAAGCAGAGAACGUCUUCUACACCACCAGCUAUUGCAUCAAGGUGGGAGACCUUGGCUUCAGCACAGUGACUGGUCCAACCGAAGUCCUCACCACGUUCUGUGGCUCCCCGCCCUACGCCGCUCCAGAGCUCUUCAAAGAGAAAGGCUACGUGGGUCGUUACGUGGACAUCUGGGCCUUGGGCAUCCUCCUCUACUUCAUGGUCACCGCUACCAUGCCUUUCCACGCCGACAACCUGGUGCAGCUGAAGCGUUGCAUCAUACAGGGAGCCUACGCCUUCCCAGGCUACGUACCCAACCCCUGCCAGCAGGCCAUAAAGGGCAUGCUGAGACCCGUGCCCGCUAACCGCGACUCCAUCUCCCAGAUCAUGACCAGCACGUGGCUGAAGAGCAUCGAGUACCCCCAGGCAUACGCCACCCUGCCCCAGACACCCUUCUACCUGGCGGAGACCUCCCAGGUCCUGUGUGUGGAGGAGCAGGAGGUGAAGUCGGCCCUUUCUGACCUGGGCAUCAUGGUAGUCCAUCUGCAGAGCCACACCUGUACAGACAAUUGCAGCCCCCUGACGGGGACUUACCGUAUCCUCCUCCACCGCGUCCAGAAGAGGAGGUCCAUGGAGGCGGUGGGAUAUGCAGCCCUCUAUCCUGAGGACUUUGGCACUAACAAGAGAUGGACGCCCACUGCUGUUGUGGUCAAGCACAACCCUACUAAUGUCUGUGUUAUACUAUAGACCAUGGUUUCACAACAAUUUUGAUACCAGGGUCUGGCAAGUUAUGGAUCUCCUCUUUGGAUUAAAAGUUCUCAGACAACUAUCUGAGGGACCAGUUA